CACAGCGGACAUAAUAAUUGGAGGAAAUUGAAGUAAAAAUCUCCUACGUUUACUCUUUUUCAGCGUAAUCUUCCAAACAAACAAAUGAGCGAAAGCUCUUCCGAGAAGGGAAAGGGAAAGGGAGUUCACCAGGGUUCGACGGACAACAAGGGAGCUCAUCAUAAUAAUGUAGUAACAGGUAACGUUUCCGGGUAUAAUGUUAUUACUGGGGUACUCAAUGUCACUAUUGAGUCUGCAACUACCCUCACCGAUGCCAUCAGAGAUUUUACUACGCGAGUGGCUACUACUAGUUUGAGACUCAAAUUAGUUGGAGAUAAGGUCAGCACCACCUCUACCGUCUUGACUCGCAUUAGCGACUUGGUGAUGAAGCAAGCAAAAGGGGAGAAUAUUACAACACCGAAAGAUGAGCAAAACACUGCAAGUACGGACCAGGGAGGUAAAGUUGGCAGCGCGUCCGGUGAUCUAGAUGGAGGCUCCGACGCUCUGAAAUGGCAGUGUUUCAAAGAUAUGAGAGAGGCGAGCCAAGGCGCGCACAGUCUUUUCCAGCACAUCACCCAGAAAAUCAAUGAUGCCAGUAAAACUCUCCCUCAGCUGAAUGGCCAGAAUUCAGGGCAACUAAGCAGGUCAAAAGUCGAGCUAUCUGACGAUGAACGAGCGAAGGUCUUUCUGAGGGAGCGUGAUAUCGAUAUAAUGGAAAAUGAAAUCGAGUCACACAAAAUAGAACUACAAUUGACAUUUACUGUGUUUCAGGCCGUGCUAAAUGAUGACAGAAUCGAGGGCAUGAAGCGAAUCAUGUUGGAUAUGUACAAGACAAUGAAGGGCCUAGUAGAUGAUAUCACACAGACAUCUCAAAAUCGCACAAAUCCAGGUAUACCAGGGAAUAAAGUUGGCCAGUCUACUGAUCGGUCAGAUCCCUCGACCGCGCGCCCUAACUUACAACCUCUAAAUUCUCUCGACAGCUACCGACUAGUACAUAUAUACAUGGGUUGGAUAUUCACCAAAGCUCGGCCUCCUAGAAACUACCACGAUUCAAUCCCGACAUCUAGAGGGCCAUCUUGGGAGUUUUCCGUUCCCGUUGAACUGCCUGUCUCAACUGAAGAGCUCUACUUAAUGGUUUUGCGUCAAAUCUCCCAACGUUCGAAACUAGAUACGACACUCUGGGAUGACUAUGAAACACUACGAAAAUCUAGACGAAAGCGAGUACUUCUUGACAAUCUACUGAGAGAUCAAAACAUUAUAUUGCAGAGAGAAUACCCUCAGCUGGAAUGGAAACUAGCAGGCUUGGCGGUCACAGCUCGAAGGUCGGCUGAGGAGCUGGGGACAAUUCAAGUCAUUCUGAAAACGCAUCAUGUUCCUGAAUCUCAACAUGGUACUCCCAAAAUAAGUGAUAGAGGUCAAAAAUCAGUUGGUACAGCUGCCGGUAGCGUUUUUGCUGGUGAGGUUAGAGUCUCCCCAGGCAGUGGCCGUGGUGAAGCCACCAGAAGUGGUUCAACGAACCACGCUAGGCAAGAUCAAAAUGGCGUGAAUGGAAUCACUGACGAGCCGGUAUAUGUACAGCCCUAUGCCCCUUAUCGACCACAACACGGCUUCACGAAAGGUAGACAGGGUGCAGAGUUACAUCAGCCACAGCUUGUUUUCGUCAAAGAAAGAAAAGAGGGUAGUCAGUAUAAACAUGUGAAGGAGAAAAGCAUACAUUGGUGGUGGCCGUGGUCUAAUCGGAGAGGCGCACAAGUCUAUGUCGAGCUUCGUGGUCAGGGAAGUAGAAUAAAGAGCCGAAGGCAUGGAAAUGAUUCCAGAUCCACUACCCGGGUUCAGCUUUCGUCGCAAGUAGCGUUGGAUCCGAGUUCACCUUCAACACUACAGCAUACUUCGGCUUGGAACGGUCAGGUCAACAUGCCUUCUGGAUCAGGACAAGGGCAUGAGCGCAUAAAUAACACACGAAGGAAUACUUAUGAGAUGACACCCAGAGAGGAGGAAGCGAUAGUUGAAGAAUUAUUCGAUGAAUGGGACGCAGUGGUGGGCAGAACGAAGAAGGGGAAACGGACCCGGUGGUAUUACGGUAACGAUGAUGUGCGAGGUGACGAUUCAAGUGUAGGAGCCAGUCGAAGAUUGAUGAGAAGAGUUGAAAGGGAAAGCGGAGUCAGGAUAAGGGAAGAAAUAAGGCAGAAAGAGCAGAUGAGGAUGGUUCAGAUACCGCCGGUAGUGAGAGUGAACGGAACGACGCCACGAGCAAACGAGAGGCUAAGGACGGUAAGGAGGGUGGAACCAGAGCCGCCUGUUAUACACAUUACAGAGAGACAUUUUGGGAGAUAUUUAACAAUGUGAC